AUGCCGACUCUAUAUCCCACGUGGCCAUUCAUCCUCUUUGCAGUCGUGGAGCCUAUCUCCAUGGUUGCUGGCACCCUCGCACCCAUUAUUGACACAAACAACUUCAUCGCCGGCCAGUUCUCUCUCGCCCAUCCCCCCGCACUGCCUCACCAUCCCAGUGUUCUGGCUCUGAACUACCAGCUAGCCAACAUCUACGGGCUUGUCGGUCUUCUCGGCGUUGGCAUUGUCUAUGGAACUUCUGAGCCACAUGUGCUGCGCAACGCCGUCUUAGCAUUGGCGAUUGCAGACCUUGGUCAUCUGUACGCGACGUACGCUGCGAUGGGGCCCGAGUUGUACUUUGAUGUCGCAUCCUGGUCACCAGUAGCCUGGGGUAAUAUUGGAUUCACGGCAUUCCUGUUUCUGAAUCGGGUCGCCUAUAUGUUAGGCUUGUUUGGGUCCAAGAGUGCCAAAGCUUCGAAAUCGAAAAAGGGAAACUAA